AUGGCAGAGAGUAUCAGGAGUGCUGUAUUGGAGACGAAAAACCAAUUCUUUAGUCUCUUACCAGUCACCCAAGAUCCUGAACCUCAUCCACUGAACCAGUAUCUUCAGUUCCACCUGGAGGAUGAAGAAGUCGGAUUCUUACUUUGGGCUGGAUGGUUUAACGCGCACAAAAUUAACCGCGGUUCCCUCGACUACCGGCUGCGAGAUGCGUCGAAGAUCAAAGAUCAGACUCUGACGCUUGUGAACGACUACCUUCAGACCCUGAGCAAUGCCUCCAAGUCUGUUGAAGAUCUGCAGACGGCACUGAGUUCGCCUGAUGGUCGCACAUUGGAUUUCUUGAAUCAAGGGGACAUCAUCGCAUAUCUAGACGCAAACCCUGACGACGUCCCUCCCCUCCUCGCAGAGUCAGCCAGAAUCGUGAGCGAGAUCAGCAAAAGGCGCUGUACUCUGUGGAGUCUAGAAAAAUCUAUUCAAACCCCAGAUCCAUGGUACGGAUCCCUCAGCUCAGAGCUAAUAGAUACCUCUGCAUAUGAGGCAUUCGAUAUCCAGCACGUAAGCACCAAAUUCAAGGGAAUUGAAGACUACCUUGCCCAACGGCUAGGAAAAGCACUCUCAAGGAGGCGCCAGUAUUUUAAGUACAGGAAGGCUCUUCACGAAAGGUUUUCGCAACCUGUAGACGACCAGGUGUGCAAUAUGACGAACAUUCAGCAGGAUACUAUGGCAUCUCCCAUCCCUGAUCACCCGCAAAAAGUCUCAGAGACCAGCAUUUACUAUGAUUUAUCGAUUCUCUUCUCAGACGAAUUCAUCCCGUGGGAAACAAGUGCAUAUGACCCCACAUCAAGGCUGAUCCCAGACCUGCCGCAAGAAGCACUAGACGGGCCGUUCGAAUGCCAAUUUUGCUACAUGCUUAUUACAACACGAGACUAUCACACAUGGAGCUGCUUGGCAAAAGACUGCGAGAUGGCAGAUACUGAUUUCUACAGAAGGCGCGACUGGAUGAAGCACAUGGUCGACCAUCAUUUUAGCACAUUCUACUGCAACUUCAAAUGCGGUUGCACAUUCUCGUCAGAAUCUGAAUGCAGAACGCAUUUGAAAACACGGCAUUCAGAUGAACUAUCUAGAAUCCGUAGAGAACACACCAACAUCAUGAUGGGGUCUAGACCCAUGAAUGAUGAAGUCGAACUCUCGUGCCCUUUUUGCUUCUAUAAGAUGCCCUUGAAGAACUACGAAAGCCAUGUCGGGAAGCACCAACAGGAGCUGGCACUGUUCGCCCUUCCUAAUAUUGACGGUUACACUUCAACUUGGACCAAGGACAAGAAAAAGCCCAAUCGGUGGUCCAGACUAUGGAAAAGUCUUUCAUGGUACAAGGAAUACGCGAGCAUUGCGAUAACAAGACUCGGGUUUAGAAAAGUUUGA